GUCUCGUCGACGGGAAGCUCUGGGUCUGUCCAGCUCUUUGCUCGCCUAGAGCCUUCGCCCUGUGUGCGCUCUCUCUCCGACUGUAUAUCCAUUCACGGCAGCAACCCCCAACGCGUCCGGUAUCCCUCGAGUCUUCACGAGGACGGCAGCCAGGACAGACAUUUCACGCGCGUCGUUCUCUGCGGCAAAAUCACCACCAGUCUCUUCCGCGGCGAAAAGGGGCGGCGUUCGUCCGGGCAGUUUCGUUGGAAACGCGUGCUGGAAACCACCGCGAUCAAUCCCGCGACGUCGAUCGCUCCCCGAGUUCGUUACCGCGGGUCUCUAGCGAACGGUCGAUUUUUCCGACGACAUUGAAGAAGGGAGUUAAAAGUGUUUUUUCGGGGCCAAAGCAGCCCGGCAAGCGAAGAGGCUCCGGGAUCAAAGCAACAGGAAGACAUGGGCCCGAUGCCGGAGGCUUCAGGAUCCGGGAUGACCGACGAUGACGAUUACUCGACUUUCGAGAAUAAAACCGGCCUGGCCGAGGACAUGAAGUUUUUGGCGAGUAUGCCGGAACUCUGCGACGUGACGUUCCUCGUCGGUGACACCAGGGAGCCAGUUUGCGCUGUGAAAGCUGUACUUGCAGCCAGAAGCAAAGUCUUCCAUAAAAUGCUGUAUCAAACUCCGAGCCCGCAACGCAAAAAAGAACCGCCGGCGCGAGAAAACAAGAUACGGCUCUUUCUUAAACGCAGCUCCGAACCGCUGUUGAAUUUACAGAAUGCUGCGCAACAGCGGUCAGGGUUCACGCAGCAACUGGCCCCCAUCCAAGAGCCACAAUCACAUCAGCAUCAUACGCUGAUUAUCGAGGAAUUCGAGCCCGAUGUCUUCCGGCAGCUGAUCGAGUACAUUCAUACGGGAUGUGUGACUUUGCAGCCUAGGACCUUGCUUGGAGUAAUGAACGCUGCCGAUUAUUAUGGAUUGGAAGAGCUUAAACGAGCCUGCUCGGGCUUUGUUCAAUGUUGUAUAACCGUCGAUACGGUCUGCGCUUUGUUAGCAUCAGCAGAGCGUUAUAUUCAGUAUAAAUGCACAAAAACUUUGGUUCAAAAGGUACUGGAAUUCGUCGAUGAGCACGGAAAUGAAGUACUGAAUUUAGGAUCUUUCACAUUACUGCCGCAACACGUCGUUCGCUUGAUCCUUGCCAGAGAAGAACUACGCGCAGAUGAAUUUACGAAAUUUCAAGCCGCACUAAUGUGGAGUAAAAAGUAUUGCGACAACCAGCAACUUACACCGUUGAAAGAUGUAAUUGGUAAUUUCGUCGAGUACAUCCAGUUUCACAAAAUCCCGGCCACCGUGUUGAUGCAAGAAGUGAAUCCGUUAGGAUUAGUGCCACCGGAGAUUAUCAUGAAUGCAUUGGCUUAUCAGGCAGACCCAACCAGUGUCGACCCCAGAAGAUUCUCUCCCCACAGACUGAAGAAACAGGGUCGCAGCAUGUCGGUCCAGUCGUCGUUGGAUCCGUAUCCGGGAGGCAGUAUUACGACCUUGAGCUCGAGCGGCUCCGACGUUGGAUCGGAUCAUAAACAAAAUUCUGAAUCGGAUCAGAAACAAAAUUCUGGAUGGGAUCAGAAACAAAAUGCACAGACCGCGGCCGUUUCGGACGAGCCUCGACGAACCGAGGAUAUUUGUGGCCCCGACGAAAAAGCGACGCCGGCAGACGAUGUUAUCGCGCAGGAAAGGGAACAGAAAGAACGACAGCGACCGCAGCAGCAGCAGCAGCAGCAGCAGCAGGAGCAACAGCAAGAACAGGAAUCUCAAGUUCAGAUUUAUGUCAGUGCUCAUGCAGAGCAGGAGGCGCAUCAACUAUCGCAGCGUCAACCGCAGGAACAGCAGAAGCGAGAAGAUAUGCAGCCGCAAAGAAAGAGCCCACAAAAGGAGCCAGGUCACUUACAGCAGCAAGUCCGUCAGAAGAUAGAGAAGGACAGAGAGACACGGAAACUUCAACAAGAACAACAGCUGUUGCAGCGUAAAGCGGAAUUGGUGGAGCAGCUGCGACGCAAAUUUGAACGAGAUGAGGAAAUGUUGCAGAAAAAACUAGAACAAGAGGAGAAACCGUUGCAGCCAAAAUUGGAGCAUGAAACACGAGGAAAACUGGAGAAAGGGAAAGAGGAACAGCAGCAAAUUACGCGGUCGAAAAAGGAAAUGGAGCAGAUAAAGAAAGAGGAAACAAAACGUUCGUCGAAAGAACAACAGCAAAAAGUGGACGGUAAGCAGCCGCAACUGCAGAAAGCAGACGAACAGCAACAGAAACGCAAGCAGUUGCAAGAACCGCUGGAUAAAAACGAGCGAGCAAAACUGCGCAAGCAAGGUGAGAAAGCACAACUCGCGGAGGUGUCGCGCCAAGAGUCGCUUAUGCAACAGCAAAAGAUGGAGAUAACAGCGCAGCAAGAAGAUGAAAAGGCACAGCGACGAAAGGAGAAGCCGCAGUUGCAGCAGCCUGAGCAAUCGCAGCAGCCGCAGCCGCGUCAAGAGCAGCCGGGAAUCCGACCGCUCGAGGGGGUCGGUGGACUUUACAUUAGGAUAGUGCUGAGACACGAGGGUCGCGCGAAUCUGGUCUGGCUAUACAAAACGCAUAUAUUCUAAACUCCGAUAAUUCGCCUCGUCGCUUCCGUCUGAAUGUCUCGAGCGACCUAGUGGCUAUACGGCUCUACGACUUUAUCCAUCCAUGUUGAAAGAUACCGCGUGAAUGCGAGACGCAAUGCGUUUUGCCAUUAAGAUACAGUCACUGCGCUCCGCACAUCUCGGGGUUAUUUAAUGUCUUAAGAGAGAGAGAGAGAGAGAGAGAGAGAGAGAGAGAGCAUCGGCAUUUCCUUUAACGUUCUAAUGUCGACGCGCUCAAGUAACGCGUCAGAACGUCAAUUGGUGCAUGUAAUCAUCUUCUCCACGGCGCAAGCGAAGCUUUAACGGUGCAUCGAGCAAUCUCGGUAAUCUUGAUAUGCCACUUCUACGUAUAAUAAAUCCGAGGAUUCCGUUAGGCUCGAUUGUUCAUGAUCGUGGAAGAAGACAAUCGUACUCGUGUUAUUGUUGCAAGAGAAAAUACGUAUUUGUUAAACGUAAAAUUUGUGCAAAUGUAAAUAUGUGCAUGUAAACAAAAACGCAUCCGUCGCUUCGUUCAUCAUGCUUUCUCUAUUUCUCGUUCGUACAGGCACACAGUACAGUUCAGUCAAAUGGAUGCACCAUUGCGGGCAGAUAAUUAACAUGAAUUAAUACGUGCGUCUAAAAAUGCAAUUUCUUAUAUACUCGUAAUAUUUAUUAUUUGCAUUUUUAUGAUUGUUAGCCUCUAUUCCAUAAUUUACCUCGUACAAAUGUUAUUUUUUAUAAUUUCUAAUUUAUCAUAAAUUUUACCUAUUAUGAUCUUCAUAUUAUUUUUAUUAAACCAUUUUCGUUAUUAAUCAACAAAAUUGCAUUAUUGUUAAACUUUUACUAUGAAAUGUGUAUGGUUAUAAUAAGAGAAAUAUGUGAUAAUAAGAGAAAUAUUAUAUACGCUUGUUGAAAAUCUGAUGUUAUAUUAUAGCCAAGAGAGAUGCGGAAUGUAUAUUCUAUAUCGUUUCUGGGCAACGUGGCGGCGAUUUGACAGUAACAGAUGACUGUUGGAGAGUCUGAUGUCUUGCCAUAGGCACUUCCCUGGACAUUAUUAUACCCGACGCAAGACAAAUUUAUUUUUCCAUUCAGUUGCACCAUCGACUAUCAGAAAACCCAAAAAUCACAGUGAAGUUACGGUUCGGGUAGUAAAAAAAAAAGUCUGAAUACUCGCCAGAUAAAUUUCUGAAACGAAUGUUAUCGCCAUAGUUUUUAACUAGAGGUGUAAUCGAUGUGCAUGCAGCUAUAAAAUAAGUUAUACUUCAGUCCGUUACAAAUAAAGAACAUGCACUAAAGUUAAGACACGCACGCGCGCGUCCCUUAGUAACGUUAGAUAUCAAGUCCGGUAGAGAUCAUAGAAGCAGUUUAAUUUAUAAGCAAAACUUAACGCAUGGAUCAAAACACAAAACACAAGCCACAUCUGAACGUGAAACUAAAAAAAACGCAGCUGUCGCCUCUGAUAAUGUUUUAUUACUGUCGCAUGUGCAGCUUAUUUGCGUAGAUGUGUCAAAGAUAUGUUUAUAUAUGUGAAUAUAUUUACUUGUCUAUGGACCGUUGUCUGUUUGUAUGCAGCGACAUUUUUAUUGUUUUUUACGUAAGAGAUGUAUGUACAAAAACUAUUAACAUUGAGCAUCGUUGAGCAGCCUAAACGGCGCGAACUCCUUAUUAUAUUGAGCAAUCAGUGCGAUCGAGCUGAAUGUAUGGAUAAAGUAUGGCAUAAAGUAUCAUGAGAUUAUUUCUUCUCGUUUAAAAUGGCAUCAGUUCAAAUUAAUUAACAUGUUUAUUAUCACCGACGUGCAGGCGCGUCCAACUAUGAUUUGCGCUUGUGUCUCUGUUUUUAAGCGCUCGAAAUUUUAAGCGCCGAAAGUUUUAUGCGGCUUGUUUGAAUAAUUAGUGACAGUAAACGAUGUUAAUUCUCAAAAUGAGUUCUUUAGCAAUUUGCGAUUAUUUCGGCUCUACUGCGUAUUUUAACAAAUUUUAUAUUAUGACAGCAUCCGUUAGUCUUCCAUUUAUUCUUACUUUGCGAUAAAAUGCACAUAAGAAUAAUUUUUUCGAUUUAAUAUAUAGAUACAUAAUAAUCGUUGCAACUUUAGUUUAAGUUUUCCUUGCUAAUUAAGUAAUAUUUAUGGCAUUUAUGCGCCUGAUUUUAUACAUAUCCCUCUUCCUGAGUAGGACAUAUUCUAUAUGAUAAAGCGUACAGCGCAUUUCUUCCGUUCGAAGAUGAAGCUAUAACAGAAAGGAAGGAAGACAGACGGUCUUAUGGAAAUGCAUAAAGUUCACGCCGUUAAUUCGCUGGCGAUCGGUAUAACUCUACCUAAAAGUUCGAUCUAUUUACUGUGAUAUACCGUAGCCAAAUCAGUCCAACUAUAAAUAAAAGAAUAAUGUGAUGUCAAA